AUGGAACAAAAUGCUGCAAAAUUCGAACUCAUAAUCUUAGGAGCUUCAACUUGGAGUCUGGGAAGAGGAUUGUUGGUAACUUUGCUACGUAUGAAUUGGAGGUUCUUGGUGUGGAGAAUGAGAAAGAUUUGCAGGCGUUUAGAAGGUCUAGAACAAGGAGAAGAGCUAGGCGUCAGGAAUACAUUUUCCCCAUUGCAUGAGUGUUUGUAUGCUAAUCAUCCUAAUGCAUAUUGGACUGGUUAUGUUACAAGUAGGCCAACUUUAAAGGGUUACGUGAGAGCAAUGAGUGGUUACUAUCAGGCAGCAAAGCAGUUGGAAUUUUUUAAAGGGAGAAAUGAAUCAGGACCAAAUACUGAUGCAUUAGCUGAUGCUUUAGCACUUACUCAGCACCAUGAUGUUGUUAGUGGCACGGAAAGACAACAUGUUGCUGCUGAUUAUGCAAAUGCUCUACAAUUUCUUAAUUUACAGGCAGAAGGCUUGGUUACAUCUGCUCUUGCUUUAUUGGUAAACCAAAGUUCCCUCUUUGAAGCUCCUCUCCUGUGA